UGCACAAACUUUCCCUUCCCUGCGCCUGGCUCCGUGCGCGGAUUCCGGAGCCAGCCGCGCUCCCCGCAUUCCUGCUGCCCCUGUCACCCCCACCGGCUCCGGCACCCCCAGCUCGCCCGCAGCCGGCCGAGCGCUCCGGAGCACGGAGCAGGUUGUCGAGUUGCCAUUUGGGGCUCAGGGUCGGAGCCCAGAGCAGCCAUCACAAUAGCGUCCAACAGCUGGAACGCCAGCGGCAGCCCCGGGGAGGGGCAGGAAGAUGGACAGGAGGGAAUGGACAAGAGUCUGGACAAUGAUGCCGAGGGGGUGUGGAGUCCAGACAUCGAGCAGAGCUUCCAGGAGGCACUGGCGAUCUACCCCCCCUGCGGCCGGCGGAAAAUCAUCCUCUCAGACGAAGGCAAGAUGUACGGUCGCAAUGAAUUGAUAGCGAGAUACAUCAAGCUCCGGACGGGGAAAACACGGACGAGAAAACAGGUGUCCAGCCACAUACAGGUUCUAGCUCGGAAGAAGGUGCGGGAGUACCAGGUUGGCAUUAAGGUCUCUAGCCACUUGCAGGUUCUAGCCAGACGGAAAUCUCGCGAGAUUCAGUCCAAGCUGAAGGCCAUGAACUUGGACCAGGUCUCGAAGGACAAGGCCCUGCAGAGUAUGGCCUCCAUGUCAUCUGCACAGAUCGUAUCCGCCAGCGUCCUGCAGAACAAACUCAGCCCCCCUCCUCCUCUUCCUCAGGCUGUCUUCUCUGCUCCUACCAGGUUUUGGAGCGGACAGCCUGGACCCUCUCAGGACAUUAAACCAUUUGCACAACCAGCCUACCCCAUCCAGCCACCAAUGCCUCCAUCACUAGCCAGUUACGAGCCCCUGGCUCCUCUCCCACCAGCUGCCUCGGCCGUGCCCGUCUGGCAGGACCGCACCAUCGCCUCCGCCAAGCUGCGGCUCCUGGAGUACUCAGCGUUCAUGGAGGUGCCGCGGGAUGCUGAAACGUAUAGCAAACACCUCUUCGUGCACAUCGGGCAGACGAACCCCUCGUACAGCGACCCCCUGCUGGAGGCCGUGGACAUCCGCCAGAUCUAUGACAAGUUCCCCGAGAAGAAGGGGGGCCUGAAGGAGCUCUACGAGAGAGGACCCCAGAACUCCUUCUUCCUUGUCAAGUUCUGGGCGGAUCUGAACAGCACUAUCCAGGACGGUCCUGGGACCUUCUAUGGCGUGAGCAGCCAGUACAGCAGUGCAGAGAACAUGACCGUCACCGUCUCCACCAAGGUGUGCUCCUUCGGGAAGCAAGUCGUCGAGAAGGUAGAGACAGAGUACGCACGGCUGGAGAAUGGCCGGUUCGUCUAUCGAAUCCAUCGGUCCCCCAUGUGCGAAUACAUGAUCAACUUCAUCCACAAACUCAAGCAUCUCCCGGAGAAGUACAUGAUGAACAGCGUCCUGGAGAAUUUCACCAUCCUGCAGGUUGUUACGAAUAGGGAUACCCAGGAAACCUUGCUCUGUAUAGCCUUUGUUUUUGAGGUAUCCACCAGCGAGCACGGCGCCCAGCACCACGUAUACAAGUUGGUCAAAGACUAGAGGCCCUGUGGGAUGGGCAGGGUGUGGGGGGGAGAGGUCUUUGCAGAGAAGCUGCCCGUGCAGGAUGCCUCGGUGGAAGUCUUUUGAAAACAAGAAAAAGAAAAGCCAAAAAGACUGACUCACAAUCAAAGAUGUUUUCUACUUAGGAACAAUUUAAAAAAAAAAAAAAGACGAAAAAGAAACCAUAGAGCGAAAGGAAGGGCUCCUCCAGAGCUGGAAGGGGAAAGACUUGGCCUUCGUCGUUGCUGAGGUCUACCGCCUGUGUGCCUUUCCCAGCCUGCCGUCCUAGAGCGGCAUGUUGCCACAUAGACCGACAACCCCUUCUUAAUACCCAGAUGCACCUCCUUCCUCCUUGUUCAGAUAUAAAUGAUCGUGCGCCCCGGACCAGCUCUGCCUGGCUUCGUUCUGAUGAGCGGGUGGUGCCAAAAUGGCCUUUCGGAGUGGGAUGAGAAAGUGGAUGUUGCCUGGUUUAUCCAACAAGACGUGGUCUGGUCUGGAAUCGGGCAAGGGAAAGGGAGAAUUUUUCUGCCCCACUCUCUGCAGUGGGCUAUGUGCAAAGCCAGCGUGGCCCCCAGAGACGCAGGUCAGGUCUUUGUGUGGAACGUCCCCGUCAGUUAGUUGCAAGAGGGAAUGGUGACUGUAAAAAACAUUAUCACAGCAAUGGCACUGAGCACUGUAUUUGUUUCAGGAGUGCAGCGAUCCUGCAACACUGUCCCUGAAGCUGUGGUUAUGGAGGUACCACAGCAAUAUGCCUGGCAUUAUGGUUCGUGCGGGAGGGCGCUGGUCCCAUGGCAGUGUCCCAAAUGUUGGGAGUGUGGGUGCAUCACUUUGGAGUGUGUGUUGAGAGAAGAGGGUCCUAAGUGCAUGGCUGUUUGUGGGAGGUCAGAGCAGGUGGUGGGAGGACAAGUGGGUAGCAGAGGGACAGGAGAGGGCUCAGCUGGAGAAAAGAGAUCUCGGAGGCUAUGGAGACAGCAGUAUAAUGGCUGUACCCAGGCAGAGUCCGAGAGGGCUAUGUGCUAGCAAGGCUGCGUGGGGAAGUCCCUGGACUGAGAGAGGAUGGGAUCACCCAGGAAAUUCUCAAACAUCCCAAGUGACUGGAAGCUUUAAGCAACUCUUGCCAAUGUUUUGGCAUCUGACUUCAUGGCAGAGACGUGGGAAAAGCUUAGACCAAAGCCGGAAGAUCAGUUUAGCAGGGUAUUAACUUUCCCUACCACCCUCAUUGCUUUCCUGAUCGUUCCCAUCUGCAGGCAAUGGAGUGGGAUCUACCCAUCCACCACAGUGGCACCUUAUAACCCACCUCCCGUUAUCCCUAUUAGCCAAAUCCACCAAUGGUGUAAACCACACAAUUCCCUGGACUUCAGGGGUGUCGCAUUGGUUGAAAUCUGGCCACGUGGCUGUGACAAAGUGGAAGGUGGUGAUAUGGCUGCGAUACAGCUUAAAGGGACACUGUUGGGUAGUGAAAGUCCAAAAUUUAGGAUUUGUAAUUUAAAGGGGCAGUCGGGAGAGUUGUCCAAACUUGAAUGGAAACGUUUUUUUCAUAAUUUUUUAAAAUGAGGUUUUAAAAUAUGCUCUCUUUUUUAAAAAAUACUUAUUUUUAAUUGGGGUUGAACUCUCCUGCCCCUGCAGCGUUUGCAGCCCAGCCUUGUGAAAGUGACUGGAACCAAAGUGAAACUGACACAUAUAGUGUCAGUUCAGAUGCAGGAACAGGCCAAGUAGCAAAACAAAAAGAUGCAAAAUGGAUCUGAGUGUGGAAAAAUCUGGUUUUAACGACCUCCGGGGCUAUUAGUUGGCAGUGCUGGGAAAGAUGUUUGUCUGGGGUUUUGUAACAAAAAUCUGGGCCCCAGCACUAUGUGUCUAUACAACACCUAGCACAGUGGGGCCCUGCCAAGGCCGCUUAGUGCUACUGUGAAACAAACCAGAUUAAAGGGUGAUGAAUGUCCUCCUCUCCCACUGAAGUCAGUAGGAGUUUGGGCUCUCCGCACCAUCCGGGCUUAGGCCCAGGGGUUUUUACUCAGUAGUGUUCCUCUAAUUAUUCAUUUGUGGCUUAAUAGUAAGUAAUAGGGUAAUGGCAACAGCAUUGUGUUUUCCUACCCUAAUUUACAUAUGUAAAUUUCCCAUCUCUUCCUCCUCGGCAUUUUCAGUCUGACUUUUUUUCGGUUUAAGCUUUUCCCUUGCCCCAUCUGCCCUUCCCACAGCCUCACGCACUUCCCAGCACGCCUCUCACACUAAACUGCCUCUCCUAUGCCCUUUCCAAUCCCCAAUGAGGGACGUGGCUUUUCCACUGAGGAGCUCGGAGCCUGUCACUGGAAAUGGGGAUUUCCUUUGAGAACUUUGUUACUAACCGGGGGGAGCUCUCGGGAAGGAGCCGGUACUGCAGGAGGGAGUUAGGAGUGGGAACCUGCUUCUUUUGCCACUAAGGCGAGUGAGUCUGGCAGAGGCUGGAGCAAGAGAGAUUGCUAGCACAAAGAGGGGGAAUGGAUGGGCCUGCUAGUGGCUGGAGUCCAGGGGUCCUCGAUGCCCAGCUAGAUUAGCUUGUAGGCCUGAUCCCAGCGAGGCUGCUGCAAGGGGAAGUCCCAGUGCUGGAAAAAUGACCGUCUCCUAGGAGACUGCAGAUCUCUGGAAAGGGACCCAAAGAGAGUGGGGGUCUUUGAGAUGGUGCCUGAAGGAAGAGACUGGCCAUAUCAGGCCGACGGUGAUUGUGCAGAUCUCAAGGGUUUGGUGCAUGUAGGUGGCAUAGAUGUAGUGGAAGGAGAGCAGGGGGGACACUGUCCUUAGGAUCCUCUCCCUUCCUCCCUAUCACUCUGCAGACUUCUUUUCUCUGUCUUCAGGAGGGGGCCUGCUCCGGAUGAAAGGGUACAAGGGGGGGAUCUCACAGACGUAUGAGCCCUACUGCAUUGUGCUGCUUCCUAAACUGGUGGGUUAAUGGCUUGUCGUUCCAUUGCUGCCUUCCUCCCUCCCUCCUGGGAGGAAAGUGAGAGCAGUGCUGGGUUGAAGAUGCAGAAGGGAGGGGAAGGGGAUGUUAUGGAGACUGACAUUUCAUUGGUUCAUACCCUGUCUUUCCCAGCUGACUUAGCCUCGCUUUCAAGGGGCUGAAUCUUCAGUUUUGACCCGUUUCUUCUUCCUUUUUAUCCCCCUCUGCUCGAGCUAGGGAUUGAUUAGUAUGUUGUUCUGAUGGCUAGAUACCCAGACAUUGCUUGGUGGCACAGUUAUUGCAUAGCUAGGUAGGCAGGCAGCCAAGCUAUGGGCCUUUGAAUCCAAUAUGGCGGCCUUGGGUGCUGCCAUGUGGGAAUCCAAUAUGGCGGCCCUGGGUUUCUGUGACCAGGGGAAACUGUCAGGAGCAUUGAGGGAAUUGUGAAGAGGGCGCAGGCUUCCAGCCCUUGAAGGAAACCAUCUGUUGGUCAAAGUUUUUCUAGUACAACGUAUUGAACUAUUCUAAUAACAUUGCAAUUGGUGCCACCCAUGGGUGUCCUGGAAACCCCUCCCCGGGGAGUCUUGACGGACACUCAUGUGCCCGCGUGAGCCUGAGGAGCUGCUGGGACCCUUGAUGG